AUGGGGACACUUGGGGUCCUUCUCACCUACCCCAUGGACUCGUACCUCGAGGAGAAGCUCGACAAGCGCUUCAAGCUCUUCCGUCUAUGGGAGUCGCCGCCGGAGAAGCGGAUGGAGUUCCUGCGGUCCCACUCCCAGGCAAUCCGCGCCGUCGUGGGGAAUGCCAUCGUGGGAGCCGACGCCGAGACCAUCGAGGCGCUCCCGGGGCUGGAGAUCGUUGCAUCCUUCAGUGUGGGACUAGAUAAGGUGGACCUUGAGAAGUGCAGGGAGAGGGGGAUUCGGGUCACCAACACCCCCGAUGUGCUCACGGAGGACGUGGCGGACCUCGCGAUCGGCCUCGCCAUCGCCGUCCUGCGGAAGAUUUGCGUCUCAGACCGCUACGUCCGCAGCGGCGCGUGGAAAACGAAUGGGGAUUUCGAGUUGACGUCCAAGGUAAGGCUCAUCUGGAUCUGGCGUUUCUUUCUCCUCUCCUAUAAUCUUCCUCGCUAAUCUCCGUCUCCUGUUUUUGUGCCCUUUUUAAUCAAACGCCAAUUAUUUGCAUUUAUUGCUCUAUUUCUCUCUUCCAAGAGGCGAUCGCGGUCAUGAAACAAGAGUUUUUUUUCUCAUAUAUGAUUUUUUCUAUGAGGAUUGAUGAAUCUUCGAAUAGCCGUUUCCAUAGUUGGGGCUGUGAGAUUCUUACAGUUCCCGACCUUCGAUCAUUACAGUUCUGCGUUAGAAAUCCCUGUGGAAACAACAUCAGUUAUAGUAUGCAGACACUAUCAUUGGCUAAGAUUCUGUUCAAGAUUUUUCAUCCCAGAAUUUUGGGCUGCGUGGAUUAGGGUUUUCUCCAUCAGACAUCUUUGGAAAGGUUAAGAUUAGUAUGAAGCCAGGACGGAGGAGAGGUGGGGAUGCCUGCGUUUUAUGCUCACUGACUAUCAAUUUGUGGAAGUAGAGAGGUGUAUCAACCUUCAGAUGAAAUGAUAUGGAGGCUCUCUGAACACCUCUAAGAUGCAUUGGGCGGGGAUUCCGGGAUGGAGAUCGUUCUAAGCAAGAUUUUCUACGGAGGAUUUGCUCUUGAAAAGAUCAGGUCUACGUGGGAUGUAAAUUGAGCAACUAAUCAUAGUAUUUUUAUAAGCUAUAUGGGUGAAAGAUAGUAGAGGUCAGUCGGAGAUCCUUCAUCUUUAUUAGUGUGCUUACCGAAAAAGUCCUGGCUUUCAUUCAUCCACAGUAUGAUUCUUUCAUUCUAGCGGUCGUCUUGAUUGGGGAGAGGAGUUCAUGGCAUUUCCCAUCUCCCCAAUUCCCCAAAGGAACAAUCUCUCUUCACAACUUUGUCAUUGCAACUAAACUGAUAUUUUUUUAAUAUUUUUAAAGUUUAAUCAAAAGAUGCGAAGACUGCUCAGUUAUAUCAUAAGCAGGUAGGUAGGAGCCUGUGGCAGCAGAUACUGGGCUGCUGAAGGUUGAGAGGGUCCUUGGCGUUGACGAUUGGUGACAAGAACAAGAAGAUGAAUUGCUUUACGAUGAAUCCUCUGUGAUUGAUGAUUAGUUCAUUGAGACCGUCCAUAGCAUGAUGAAAUGGCUGUUUAAUGGCCGGGUGGGGAGGGAAGAGAAUUGUUGAGGAUGAUCUGUGUUCUUUGGCUGCAUGCAGUUCAGCGGCAAGUCGGUGGGCAUCGUGGGCCUCGGCAGAAUCGGGCUGGCCAUCGCGAAACGGGCGGAAGCUUUCGGGUGCCCCAUCAGCUACUUCGCGAGGUCGGAGAAGCUCGGCGUGGGCUACAAGUUCUUCCCGAGGGUGGUCGAUCUCGCCGCCAAUUGCCAGGUUCUCGUCGUCGCCUGCGCGCUGACAGCGGAGACCCGGCACAUCGUCGACCGCGAGGUUAUCGACGCGCUGGGUCCCCAGGGCGUUCUCAUCAACAUCGCUCGCGGCGGGCACGUAGACGAAGCCCAGCUUGUGCCGGCGCUGCGGGAGGGCCGGCUGGGGGGCGCCGGCCUGGAUGUUUUCGAGAGGGAGCCCUCUGUGCCGGAGGAGCUCUUCGCCUUGGACAACGUGGUGCUGCUGCCCCAUGUGGGCAGCGGGACGUGGGAGACCCGCAAGGAUAUGGCGGACCUGGUACUCGGCAACCUCGAGGCCCACGCCCUCAACAUGCCGCUCUUGACCCCGUGCUCUGACGGUUGGUCUCGUUGA